CUUUUUACAUUUAUACAUUGGAUUUUUAAUAAAAUUUUUCUCAGAAAGAACUGCAUCCUUGGAAUGCAAUCUCGAACUUGGUCGUAAUCUACCUUGAAUCGACCUGUCCAUUCGACCUUUCCUGUCGAGGAAAGUUAUUUACAUUGCAACGUCGUUUACAUGAGAAACUCGUUAUUCCCAACCGAGUGUUGGCAGUACUGAAGGAGUGUCAAAUUUGAUAUGAAACGGAUGUUUAAAAUUGUACAUACACUCUGUAGUAUUGAAUGAUGUCGAUUUGCUCGUGAUUUCUCACUGGAUGCAAUUUGUCGUGAGAUUUGAGUGAAAUUAAUAUUACACCGAGAUACUGAAAAUGCUGAUCUACGAUGUGCUGCAUAAGGAAAAGGUCUACCAUAUCAUCGCCAAUGAUCUCAGGAGCUUUGGGGUUAAGUAUCGCUUCAAAAAGAGUAUGCUUAAGAGCGAGAGGCCCGAUGUCUGCAAGGACAUUUCCAAGAGGGUCUUCAAGACUCCUCUGUUUUAUCAACCCUUGGAUAUCGUGAAUCUAUCCUCGGGCGGCAUAGUUCACGUGCCCGUGUUCGUGAUUCAAGCCACGACAUUCCUGGAAAAGUAUAUUACACAGGAAGGUCUUUUCAGGAAAGCUGGCUCCCAGGCGCGGCAGAAAGAGCUGAUGUCUCGCUUAGAUAACGGCGGCAGCUUAGGCGAGAAGAAUCACGCGAUCGAUGUCGCCAGUUGUCUAAAAUCUUUCUUCCGAGAUCUGCCAGAGCCGUUAAUACCAUACACGUAUCACGAUCUGUUUGUACACUGUGCUCUUUUGAAGAGUUAUCGAAUACAGGCUUUACUGCUAGCGUGCACACUGUUACCCCCAUAUCACCUGAAUACUUUAGCCUUUUUCAUGGAGUUCUUGAAGAAAGUCUCCAUGUAUGAGAAACAAAACAAGAUGAGCAUUGAAAACCUGGCAAAAGUUGUCGGACCAAAUAUCAUGCCUUUAAGAGACACGAGUAUGUCAGCUGUGCAAAAUAGAUUGCAAAUGCACUUGACUAUUAUCAAGAUAUUAAUUGAAAAUUCACAAAAUAUUGGUAUUCUACCGCCUCAUAUUGCACAAAGCGUUUCUAUGGAAACAAGUGGUAGUACAGAUAAUGGAUUAGAUUCAUUUGAGUUACUCGGAAAGUCUAAGAAGAAGAAACAUCGUAGUGGAAGUCUUACACGAAUGUUUAAUGGAUUGAAGAAAAUAGUUGGAAAAGGUGUCGAUGAUAUGUCUAAUAUCAACCAUCAACAACUUCUUACACAUCCAGAGCAGUUAACUGUGCCUUUACCUAAAUUUAACAAAAAACGAAAAGUAGCAGAAAGAAUGGAUGCUCCAAGUAUAAAGAAAAAGAGAGUGGCUGACAAACUAGACAAGUCAAAGAAAAUAAGACUGAGUUUGGACAAAUUUGUACCUAAAAAUAAAUUAAAAAAUACAGAGGGUGACUCAUCCGAUUCAUUUACAAAUAAUUACAAAUCGCACGUACAGUUGAGACGUUGGAGUUCGGUAAACAAUUCUUCCGAUACGUGUAAAAUACGAAAAUAUAACGACGGAAUAUCACACUUGAAAUUCAUGAAAAAUGAUGAGCCAUCGAAUGAUGAUUUGCUUCAGGAAUAUGACAACGUAUUUAUCGAUGCCAAUGUGAACUUAUCGGACGAAGGUGGUGGGCAAGAAUUAUUUCUAAGUGAGGAUCGUCAUAGGGCUAGCAAACAAUGGCAUAUAGAGGCAAGCACGAGUUUGAAGAAAUUAGAUGCUACGGAUGAAAGUGAUAAUAUAUGUUUGUUGAGUCCCGAGGAAAAGACUGAUCUGGAAGAAUUCGAUACGUCUCUUCCGAAUACUGACACGAUAUCAUCGUCGAGCGAUCACUGUGAAGAAGAUUACGUCAGAAUUCCUAAAAGCGAGUACGAGGAUAUAAAAAAUCGAGUUUCCGCAAUUGAAUCACGUAUUUCGCAGGAAUUUGGAAGCAUAUAUGAUGAGGAGAAUGAUAUAACUGCACAUUCGGUGAACAAGGUGCAGACUGCAUAUGAGAAAACAUUAGAAGAGGCUAGUAUCGAGAAUAAUCUGACAAGUGAUUAUUUAGCAAAGAAACUGAGUAAAGAAUUAAAGAUUAGAAGAUCGGGAGAACAUAAAAUAAUAAGAUCCCCUAGCGCAAGAAAAAUUGGAACGUUAAGAAGACGUUCACAAGAGAAAGUCACCAGCAAACGCGUUAGACGGACUGCAUCGUGGCAUAUAUCUCCGGAAUUCAAUUUGCAACAUCAUAUACAACUAGAGAAACAAGUAAACGGUUAUCCCAUGGAGAAACAAUCGACGUUUACUAACAAAUUUUUGGAGGAACAAUUUUAUUCUACAACGAGAUCUAAUGAAAUGAUUUCUGACAAUGCGGCAGAUGAGAUAGCUUGUUUACGUGAUCAAGUAAAUACACUGAUUACGAAUAAUAGCAACUCGAAUCUUUCUGGAUUUAAAGAUCUACAUUUAACAAAUAACCGUGUGAAUUCAUCUGUGCGCAGAGCAUCGUCUUUCCAUGGGAAAGAUUUCGUAGACAAUUCAUCUUAUUUUGAUAAAAAAGUAGACGAAUUGAGGAAGUCUAUUAGCCAUCAGAAUAUAGUCUUAAAUAACGACUGUGUACAAAGAGACGAUAUUAUCGCCGAGGGUUCGAAGGAGAUAUCUUGGAAAGACGCAGAUCGAUACUUCAAAUCAGUAUCUCGUACAAACACACCUGCUCCACAAACUGGUAGGGCGUCAGUCGCAAAACUUCGUGCGCAAAAUGCUGGGAUGGUUUUGGCUAAGGCGAGAUUAUUUGACGAAUGCACCACCAAAAUUUCCGACCUUACAUCAACGAAUGCGCCAAGCAAAAAACAUUACCGUGAUAAUGCGAUUGUAAAACGUUCUCCAAACGUAGCUAAAGAAACAGACGUCGAACAUUUCAAGCAAACGUACAAGAAAACACAAGUCUCUCGGAAGCAGUCCAAUAAGGAGACGAAAAGUAAAAAUUACUAUCCAGUUGUAUUAUCUACAAAUGUGUCACCACAAAUCAAGAUAACAGGCACACAAACAAAGCCGCUUCAAGAACACGUAGACAAGAAUUAUUGUCUCGCGCAGAAGUUCGAAGUACAAAAUCAGAAACUGUCGAACAAGGAUUCGAUUUCAUAUCAGAUUUCUGCCAAGGACAAAACGAUUAACAUCGCACGUGAUAUAGAAAUUCAUCAGAAAGAAAACACUGCUACGAAAAUAUCGCCGUUGGUAAAGAUGUCUGUCGAUACGGUGUCACAAAAUCUGUAUUCUUUUUAUAAAGUGGAUGUUAGCAAAACGCCGCAUAUUAAGCGACCUUUAACUGUCAAAACCCCAAAAAGUACCAAAUUAACGCGUAAACCGCCGGUCGAAACACGUAGAACACCUUUGAAAGCGACAGCACAGUUAGGAACUCCGAAACGUCAGAGUCCUAAAAGUAUCUUGAAGACAAGAACUCUUAGUAUGCAUACGUAACAGAAAGAGAGAGAUGGACAGAAUAUAAAGAAGUAAUAAAUAUCAUGUUAAAUUUAUGUGCUUCAUUUCUAGAUAUGUUAUCAUAAGAAAGUAUAAUUUUUUGUAAUUAGCACAUUGUGGUGUUCCUAGUACACAGAAUACUAUCAAUCGAAUAUACAAGAGUUACUAUAGAGAUAGUAUCUGUCACGAAACCGAUAGUUUAAAUAUGAUUGUGUAAAAUUGUAUUCCGCAUGUUAUUUAAACGGAAUAAUUGGUUGUAUGAUUGAAAAACGCACUUGUGAAUUAUACACUUGUGUAAUUUUAUGAAUUUGAUAUCCAUUCAGAUCGAACAAAGCACACACUAAACUUUUGAAGUACUGUUUUCUAAGACUAGUCAUUACAUGUAUCUGCUCACUUACAUGUGUUCCUCGUUAUAUUCAUCGUUAUUUACAUGACAAUUUCGAAUUCAUUGCAAUAUUCAUUCUCCUUCAUUAAUACAUGUGUGUGGACGUAGUAAUAAUAAUAAUUACUAUAAUUGACACUCGACUUUAAUAUAAAAUAUAUCAUUUGAUGAACCUUUCA